AUGGGAGGGCGCUGCGGCAAGGCGGCGCCGUCGCCGUCCGACGCAAGCGGCGACCGCGCGUCCACGACCGCGUCCACGACCGCGGCGGCGACGAUCGACGAGUCGCUCCCGACGCUGAUGCUUCUCGGCCUCUCUGGCGCGGGCAAGUCCGCUCUCGCGCACGCGCUCGCGCACGGCGCGGCGGUGGCGCCGGCGUCGGCGCCGUCGUCCCCGCGCGUCGGAGGAGGACUCCGACGCGACGACGACGACGAGGAGGAGGAGGAGGAGGAGGGCGUCCUCUGCGCGCCGCCGCGGACGACCGUCGUCGCAACGUCCGUCGCGACCGUCGCCGGCGCGCGCGUCAACGUCGUCGACGUCCCCGGGAAUCCGCCGCGCGCGUCCGACGGCCUAGGCGGAUCCGGCGGCGACGCGACCGCGCGCGCGUGGCGCGACGCCAUCGCGCGCUACGACCCGCGCGUCGUCGUCUUCGUCGUCGACGCCGCGGACGAGCUCCGCGCGCCCCUCGCGCGCGAGGAGCUCUGGGCGCUCUGCGGCUGCGGCGCCGGCGGAGGUGGCGGCGACUCAUCACGCGAACGCCUCGUGCGCGGCAGGCGGCUCGUCGUCGUCGCGAACAAGCGCGACGUCGACGGCGCGAUGGACGCGGACGAGGUCGCGGACGCGCUGGACCUCGACGCGCUCGCGCUCGAGCUCGGCGGCGACGUCGCCGGGACCGUCGCGUGCGAGUGCGCGUCGGCGGCGAUGUUGGGGGGUCCCCGAGCGGCGUCCGCGGAGAGCGCGCUGAGGGGCGUCGUCGGCGCCGCCGUCGCCGCGGGGGGGGGCGUCGUCGGCGCGUGGGGCCCUGGGAGCGGCGGCGGCGGGGAGGAGGAGGGGACCCUGGGGGGAGGGGGAGGGAAGGGCCCAAGGGGGAAGGGGAAGGGCCCAAAGGGGAAGGCGGCGGUGAAGGCGGCGUGGUGA